CACUUGGUCUUAGUCUGCGGUCACUGCUGAGGUUUUCCGAACUCUGCAGGCCGGGGCCAGCCAGGGCUCUUGCCUCUAACCGACGCCGCGCCUGAAGCCUGCCUGGGAUACCCCGAGGCCUGGGAGAGUCCACCCUCCUCCGGGCACCGACGUCCCAACUUUUACGUGCAGUCUGCGCCCCCUGACUGGGUGUCCGGUUCCGUGCAAAGGGGCGCGCAUUUUCCGGGGGGCCGGCAAAGCUCCCAACUGAGCUCUGCUCGCUUUCUUCUCUCCGGAGCGAGGGGGGCUGCGUAAGCGCAGAUCCCAGGCGCUUGCUCAGUCCCAGUGCUCGGGACUCACCUCCGCCUCGGAGCCCACACGCGUGGAGGGAUUGAACCCCGGAGGUCCAGGCUUCUUAUUCCGAAACUCAAGUCGGUCCCCGCCUUUUCUCUCCGAACUCGGGCGCCCGUCUCGGGUCGGCCCAGCGAGCCGCGGGGCGGAGGAUCGGGGCGCUCCGGACCGCUUCGCCCCGUCGGUGGCUGCGUGCACCAUGGCCGGCUGCUGCUGCCUGUCGGCGGAGGAGAAGGAGUCGCAGCGCAUCAGCGCAGAGAUCGAGCGGCAGCUUCGCCGGGACAAGAAGGACGCGCGCCGGGAGCUCAAGCUACUGCUGCUGGGAACCGGUGAAAGUGGCAAAAGCACCUUUAUCAAGCAAAUGCGAAUUAUCCAUGGGUCCGGUUACAGCGAUGAAGACAGAAAGGGGUUCACGAAGCUGGUUUACCAAAACAUAUUCACCGCCAUGCAAGCCAUGAUCAGAGCCAUGGACAACCUGAGGAUCCAGUACACCUGUGAGCAGAAUAAGGAAAACGCCCAGCUCAUCAGAGAAGUGGAAGUAGACAGGGUCUCCACGCUCUCCAGGGACCAGGUGCGUGCCAUCAAGCAGCUCUGGCUGGACCCAGGCAUCCAGGAGUGUUACGACAGGAGGAGGGAGUACCAGCUGUCAGACUCUGCCAAAUAUUACCUGACUGAUAUUGACCGGAUCGCCUUGCCGUCGUACGUGCCUACACAGCAAGACGUGCUUCGGGUUCGAGUGCCCACGACCGGCAUCAUUGAGUAUCCCUUUGACCUGGAAAACAUCAUCUUCCGGAUGGUGGACGUUGGAGGCCAGCGAUCUGAAAGGCGGAAAUGGAUCCACUGCUUCGAGAGCGUCACCUCCAUCAUUUUUUUGGUUGCUCUGAGUGAAUAUGACCAGGUCUUGGCUGAGUGUGACAAUGAGAACCGCAUGGAAGAGAGCAAAGCCCUAUUUAAAACCAUUAUCACCUACCCCUGGUUUCUGAACUCAUCCGUGAUUUUGUUCUUAAACAAGAAGGACCUUUUGGAAGAGAAAAUCAUGUACUCUCAUCUAAUUAGCUAUUUCCCAGAAUACACAGGACCGAAGCAGGACGUGAAAGCUGCCAGAGACUUUAUCCUGAAGCUCUACCAGGACCAGAACCCGGACAAGGAGAAGGUCAUCUACUCCCACUUCACCUGCGCCACCGACACCGAGAACAUCCGCUUUGUGUUCGCCGCCGUGAAGGACACGAUUCUGCAGCUGAACCUGAAGGAGUUCAACCUGGUCUGA